CAACUACGUUCUUGGGUCGAAAGCUGGGAGCUCUUUGGUGAACUUUUAGCGUACACGUACCGCAUACGUGAAACCAAAAACCGACUAUUAAAUGAUCUCUCCCAAUGUGGACAAUCAACUUUCUUUGCAGUUCUUCCUGCUUACCACAACCUCAAAUUGCUGAAACUGCACCAAGUUCGUAUUGAUGAUGCAUCGUGCACAGCGCUGGAACAUCUACCGGCCCUCGAGACACUCAUCACCCAUAUGUGCAGGUGCUCCCUGGAGCAUAGUACUCGAACUCCCCUUCCCUUGAAGACCUUCCAUGUCAACAUGCUAUUCGGAUCCCAGUCUAUCUUGCAGAUUUCUCCAGAAGCUUUGACUAGUCUCUCCGUCACCUCCAACAUGGAAAGAUAUUUCACUCAUUUUACUGCACUUGGUCCUUUGAAUAACCUCACGCACUUAAACACUUUUGUACUGGAAGACUGGAGCGAAAGCUUUUUACAGCUCCUCCUUCACUGUCCUCAGUUGACAUCACUUGUCGUUACAAUCUUUUCCAGUGCCACGACUCAGACCCUCUCCCAAAUUCUGCCUCCGACUGCCAUCCCUCUACUCUCCUCAUAUAGUGGGCCGAUGGAGUCUGUAGUAUUGUUCAUUCAGGGUCGCCCUGUGCGGCAUAUCACCAUAACCGAUGAAGAUGAAGAUGCCUUUCCUCCCAAAACUUUGAAUAGUACAUUGGCACAAAUUUCUCUUUUGAGCCCAAGUCUGCAAAGUCUGGCCAUUCCUUCGUGCCCCAUAGGACCAGAUAUACUGUUUACCGUGACAUCCAUUUUUGGAGCUAGCCUACUGAAGCUAGAGAUCAAAUAUAUCAAACGGACACCUCCAGAGUAUGAUAUCUCACAUUCUGAGGAGCUUCGUGCUAUGCGAGCCAGAAUGGGCACAUUACAGCUUCCACCGGUUAGAAACAUGGCAGUCCCAAGUGACUCUGACUCUGAAAAUGAGUCCACAGAAGACUCUGAAGAUGAUAGUGACUUCACUAUGUCUGAUGAAGAAAUCAAAAUGCGGGAAAUAACAGAAAUAUCUCACAGGAUGUGUCCGAAAAAGCUUUUGAAACUCGACUCUGGAAUACCACUACGAUUCCAGGUGCAGAACUGGGACAAAGCAUAUUUGCCUCUGAUCUCUGCGGACAACAAUGGCUUCCCCACAAAUGACUCUUGUAGCGCUGAGGGCUUAAUGGAUAGUAUUGUCCUUGGACAUGUACCUCUACCCUCUGCACUUACAAACCUUCGAUUUGUGUAUGUGCACAACCCGCGUAGCAUAGAAAGCCGGUUGGAUUACUUGGAACAACAAUCCUAUGUCCGAAGACUUUCCCUACUUUAUCCAGAUCUGAAAGAGAUGGUCAUAUUUGAUAGUAAAUGUGUUUGGGAGUUAAAUGACAAUCUUUGGAGA